AUGAGAGCAAUGGCAAGUGUUUCUUUUUUCCGUCUUCCCAUGCUACCCCAACUAAUCAAGCCAAACCAGGCCGAACGCUUUCUGCUCAAGCGACUGCGCGUCCAUCUUCCCAACGCCCAGUAUAUGAAACCGGUACCCAUUGUGACACACGAACGAGUCGAUUGCUUCAAUUUCAAAGACUCAGUUCCUCAACUUUUAUCCAUCCCCGCGGGCCUUUUACCAUACGGUCCGACUUUGACCGGCCCGGUCAAUGCAACACGGUACAAGACCAGCGCAAAUCAACCCAGGCCGGCUAGCGUCGACAGCAGACAACGCGAGGCCAUGCCCGUAUCGGGGGAUGAUCAAUGA